AUGAAACCAUCAGUUCUGCAGUACCUGAAGUUUUUCAUUUUAUUUGCCUUUGGUGUAGUCACCACCUCCCACACAACUGAGCAAGAUGUGCUCGCAACCCUCAAUAAACUACCCCUCGAUGGCCAUUUCAGCUUCCAUGACGUGUCUACUGCUGCCUGGGACUUUGGCAAUCUCUCUAGUUUCAUGCCAGCUGCUGUGCUUCAUCCAGGCUCAGUAGAUGACAUUGCCACUACGGUCAGGCAUGUCUUCUUGGGGGGAGAGCACUCCAUGCUCACCGUGGCGGCCCGUGGGCAUGGACACUCACUCCGAGGGCAGUGCCAGGCAGCUGGAGGGAUUGUCAUUAAAAUGGAGUCCCUCCCUAAUGCCAAGAUGCAGGUGCAGUCUGGUGCAUCGCCCUAUGUUGAUGCCUCAGGAGGAGAACUCUGGAUAAAUGUCCUGAAUGAGACAUUGAAGUACGGUCUGGCACCAAAGUCAUGGACUGAUUACCUCCACCUCACAAUUGGAGGCACGUUGUCGAAUGCAGGGAUCAGUGGGCAGACGUUCCGACAUGGCCCACAAAUCAGCAAUGUAAACGAGCUGGAGAUUGUGACAGGAAAAGGAGACAUCGUCACUUGCUCACCAGAGCGGAACUCUGAUCUCUUCCAUGCUGCUCUUGGUGGCCUAGGUCAGUUCGGUAUCAUCACUAGGGCCAGGAUUGUGCUCGAGCCUGCUCCAAAAAUGGUGAGGUGGAUUAGAGUUAUCUACUCAGACUUCACAAGCUUUGCAGAGGAUCAGGAGAUGCUUAUUUCAGCAGAGAAGACCUUUGAUUACAUAGAGGGCUUCGUCAGCAUCAACAGGACAGGCAUCCUGAACAACUGGAGAUCAUCAUUUAGCCCACAGGAUCCAGUGUGGGCAAGCCAGUUCGAAUCAGAUAGAAGGGUGCUCUUCUGCCUCGAGAUGACCAAGAACUACAACCCUGAGGAGGCAGACAACAUGGAACAGGAGGUCAAUAACCUACUGUAUCAACUUAGAUAUAUGCCUCCAUCCCUAUUCCACACAGAUGUCACCUACAUCGAGUUCCUGGAUAGAGUGCGCUCCUCUGAGGUUAAACUGAGAGUUAAGGGGAUGUGGGAGGUCCCACACCCAUGGCUAAAUCUCAUGGUUCCAAAGAGUUCGAUCCACACAUUCGCAAGGGAGGUCUUUGGGAAAAUACUGAAAGACAGCAACAGUGGUCCCAUAUUGCUCUACCCAGUAAACAAAUUCAGAUGGGACAAUAGAACGUCAGUAGUCAUACCAGAUGAGGAAGUUUUCUACCUAGUGGGAUUCCUAUCCUCAGUGCCAUCUUCAUCAGGUCCUCACGGCGUCGAACAUGCACUGAACCUUAAUAACCAGAUAAUAGAAUUCUCUGGCAAGGCAGAGGCGCCUAUUACUGAAUAUGAGCGUUCAAGGAAUGAAGAAAUAAUGAAAAACAACCGAGAGCUGGAGAGGCUUGGUAUCAAGACAUUAGUGCCCAUAGUGAACAAUACAUCUGUGGAGAGAAAGGGUGAAGACCAUGAAGUUUCUGGAUCGUUGUAUACAAGUCAGGAGAGUGGUCAGGAGAGUGAGGACUGUGAAGAUGAGGAGGCCAUGCAGAGGAGCAUUUUGUCAAAAAAUACCAUCAGGAAUACUGUCAGAACAAGAGGCUCAAAGAGAGUCUCCAUGCCACCUGUUGGACAAGAGCAAACCACUAGAAUGACUAGGCAGAGGAUGAGGGAACUAUCAACUGAGGAAGACCCUAAAGACAAGGAAGUUGAAGCUGCAUGCUUUGAUUUGCUCAAGACUAGGCAACGACAAUUAAGGCACAAGCUGAAGAGGGCUUACUUUGAUGGAGUACCUACAAAUGAAGUGAGAACAACAUCUCCGGUGAGGAGUAUGACUGAUGAACAAUGGAUUGCACUCGUGGAGCUAUGGUCAAGCCCUAAGCAUAAGGAAAGGUGUGUCAAAAACAUUGAGAAUCGUGGAAAAGUUCGGUUCGCUCAAAGGACAGGAUCUAGAUGCUUCAUUGCGCACGCCCAUGUCCUGAAACAAAACAAAUAUAAAGAUGUGCCGCCCACUGCAAUCGAUCUUUUCAAGGAAUUACACUGCAGCAGCAAGACUGGUUUUUGUGAGCCCGUGAAGGAAAAUAAUGACCAAAUGGAUACCAUGAUGGCUCAGCCUACACCAGAAGGGGAACAACCAAAGACUCCUACUGAAGUUGUUGCUCAUGUUUUGCCAUCAAGUAAAUUUCUUCGAAAUGUUGGCCUUGAGACAACAGUCCCCAAGAGAAGCGCUACUGCUGCUGCAGUGUACAAGGGUUGGAGGCUAAAGUUGCGGCAGAGAAACAAGGAUGAGUUGGAAGUGUUGAAGAAGAAGGUUGAGGAAUCAGAGGAAGCAAGGGAGAAACAGGCAGAACAAAUUGAAAAUUUGAAGAAACAAGGAGAGGAAACGAAUGCUCUUCUUCGUCGGUUGUUCACCUUGAACAAGGACUAG